AUGGGGUACAAUUUGUCCUAUGGAAAACUGCCAGACAAUCGCCUCAGCCCUGACAAUGGCAGCUCUCCCAACGCCAGCGCCCGCGGGCCCCCCGCGCACGGGGAGUUCACCACCAUCGUCCUGCCCGUGCUCUACCUCCUCAUCUUCCUGGCCAGCCUCCUGCUCAACGGCCUGGCCGUGUGGAUCUUCUUCCACAUCAGGAACAAAACCAGCUUCAUCUUUUACCUCAAGAACAUCGUGGUUGCAGACCUGCUGAUGACGCUGACGUUCCCCUUCAAGAUCAUCCAGGACUCGCAGCUGGGGCCGUGGCACUUCAACUCCUUCCUGUGCCGCUACUCCACGGUGCUGUUCUACGCCAACAUGUACACCACCAUCGUCUUCCUGGGGCUCAUCAGCAUCGACCGCUACCUCAAGGUGGUGAAGCCCUUCGGAGACUCCAGGAUGUACAGCAUCACCUUCACCAAGAUCCUGUCAGCCUGCGUGUGGGUGGUGAUGGCGUUCCUGGCGCUGCCAAACCUGAUCCUCACCAACGGCUACCCCACCCGGAGGAACGUCGAUGACUGCCUGAAGCUGAAGUCUCCGCUGGGAGUCAAGUGGCACUCGGCUGUCAUCUACAUCAACACCUGCAUGUUCGUGGUGGUGCUGAUAGUGCUCAUAGGGUGCUACAUUGCCAUUUCCAGGUACAUCUACAAAUCCAGCAAACAGUUCAUCAGCUCGUCCAGCCGAAAGCGGAAGCACAACCAGAGCAUAAGGGUUGUCGUGGCUGUGUUCUUCACCUGCUUUUUGCCCUACCAUUUGUGCCGAAUACCCUUUACUUUUAGUCACCUGGACAAAAUUUUAGAUGACUCUGCACACAAAAUCUUGUAUUACUGUAAGGAAAUGACGCUGUUCCUGUCCGCGUGCAAUGUCUGUCUGGAUCCCAUCAUUUACUUUUUCAUGUGUCGGUCGUUCUCACGAAGGCUGUUCAGGAAAUCCAACAUGAGAACCAGGAGCGAGAGCAUCAGGUCCCUCCAGAGCGUCAGGAGAUCAGAGGUGCGCAUCUACCACGAGUACACCGACGUCUGA